GUAUUAUGUUGACCGUUGACUUGUUUCCAUUAUUCAGAUUCACUUCACUUCAUCCCCUUCCGUCCUCACUCCAUUAUUCAUAUCCUGUUUGUCUACAAAUUUCACCUCCAACAACAGUUCACCCAGCCACGGCGGCGGCGGCGGCGAGAGAGAAGAAAAGCAGGCAGUCGCAGGCGAUGGGGUCAUUGGGAUGGGAAGAGACGGUGAGAAAGGCGGAGAAGCUGGUGGAGGAAGCCAUGAAGGAGAACGACGCGUCCCACGACGCUGCUCACGUGUGGCGGGUCCGAGACCUCGCUCUCUCUCUCGCCCGUGAAGAAGGCCUCUCUUCCAAUUCCGACUCCAUGCAAAUUAUAGAAGUGGCUGCACUUCUCCAUGAUAUAGGUGAUUACAAGUACUUGAGAGAUCCCUCAGAGGAAAAAAUUGUUGAGAACUUUCUCGAUGAGGAGGGCAUAGAUGAGACUAAGAAAAUGAAGAUUAUAACGAUCAUCAAGGGAAUGGGUUUCAAAGAUGAGCUUGCAGGAACAAAUAACGAUUUUCCUCCAGAAUUUGGGGUUGUUCAAGAUGCUGAUCGUCUCGAUGCAAUUGGUGCUAUUGGAAUUGCUCGUUGCUUUACUUUUGGUGGAAGUAGGAACAGAGUGCUACAUGAUCCUAAGAUUCUGCCACGAUGUGACUUAUCCAAGGAAAAGUACAUGAAAAAGGAUGAGCAGACUACUGUGAAUCACUUUCACGAGAAGCUUCUUAAGCUAAAGGCUUUGAUGAAAACAAAGGCUGGGCAGAAGAGAGCUGAGAGACGGCACAAGUUCAUGGAGGAGUUUCUUGUAGAGUUCUAUGAAGAGUGGGAUGGGAGAGCUUGAACGAGGUAAUUUUUCUUAUUGUUAUUUAUUUAUCUCAGAACAGUCAGAUGCAAAUUAUAUAGCACUCCUAGGCCUUGUUUGUUAGAGAGGAUCAGCUUGGAUAGGACUAUUCACUAUAUUAAAGACAUUUUGAAGGGAGAAAUGGAUGACAACUUCCCUAUUUUGUCGAAGUGGAAGAUUACUCAUGAAGAAAAGUUGUUCCCUUUAAUCCUACCAUUUUUUUUGGGAUCAGCAGGGAUGUCUUUUCUUCAUGAGUAACCUUCAAGUUGGACGAAAUAUGGAAGUUUUCAUCCAUUUCUUCCUUCAAAAUGCCUUCAAUAUAGUGAAUAGUCAUAUCCAAGUCGGUCCUUCCUAUCAAACAUGGCCCUAGUGUUCUAAACAAAGAAAAGAGAAUCUAGAAUGUAAUCAUUCUAACAGUGCUGAAUUUUGUGAUUAUGUUAGAACUUGUCAACUUCGCUCCUGGAGCGGAACUUGCUUGAAGAUGCGGGCUAUAAUAUUCAAACCAACUGUAUGACAAAAUAUAUUUUAUAAAAUGAGUCUUUUCUCAUAGGACUGUAAUAUGUUGGUGGAUACCAAGGAAGUCAAUUAUCUCUUUGAUGAGUAUUGUACGAACAGGUACUAGGUAGGGUAGAAUUAGAACCCUCUUUCCUGGAUUGAAGCAUAAGUAAUCAAUUUGAUGAGAAUAUGAAAUCUGUGGAUGGAAUUUAAA